AUGAGAUCUUUAGUAAGAGCAAGUCUAAAUGCUCGCCUAGGUGCGAACAUAACCAGAACACGGCCAGGGAUAAACCCCGCCUAUCGCAUCCCUAGGGGAGCCUUACCAACAACAACUUUCCAAUCGAGACCAUCAUCAACAUUGGACCCUGUGUCCACCAAAGAGAAGCCCCGGUUCUUUCCAAUAGAGGGAUUUCCAAUCAUCAAAGCAGACCAGCCAGCCGAAGAAGAACAACUGUUCGACUACAGCGCUUAUCGAUACUACCCGGUACACAUCGGCGAGAUCUUCCAGGACCGCUAUCAAGUAUGUUCAAAGCUAGGCUGGGGCAGUUGUUCAACUACGUGGUUAGCAAGGGACCUCACAGACAAGAAAUAUGUCGCAUUGAAGGUCUACAUCCACAACUCGGUAUUCCACCGUGAGCUCCCAUUUUACAAACACAUUGCACCAUAUAUGUCAAGUGAUCAUCCAGGGAGAGAGAAUAUUCGACGAUUCCACGAUUCCUUCACAGUCACCGGCCCGGAUGGCAGACAUAUCGUCCUGGUCCAGGAACCCGGGUGUAUCAGCCUAUUCGAUCUCAAAGAAAGAAUGCACGAGAACAGAUUUCCACAGGAGAUGGUCAAAUCCAUCCUGACAGAGUUACUCCAAGCCCUGGAUUUCCUGCAUACCGAAUGCAAAGCUGUGCACACUGACAUUCAUUCUGCUAAUUUAUUAGCCUGCAUGAAUGAUAGCGAGAACGCCAAAUUCAAAGGCAUCGAGGACUCCGAAAUGACCUCCCCAUCAGCACGCAAGCCGGUAUCGAGUGACCGAACUAUUUAUCUCUCGCGAGCCAUUCUUCCGAAGGAGGGACCGCUGCGGCUUUCUGAUUUCGGCGAGGCUAGAAUUGGGCCUGGACCGUAUGAUUAUCCGGCCAUGCCUAUGCCAUAUCGCGCGCCUGAAAUAGUGCUCGAGGUGCCGUGGAGCUAUCCGGUUGAUAUUUGGUGUGUUGGGCUUACGGCAUGUGAUCUUCUUGGGCUGGAUAGUCUUUUCAGCGCUGACCACACGGCUGGCGAUAUGUAUGAACCAGCCCACUUUGCAGAGUUGAUUGCUGUGCUGGGUCCGCCGCCUGCUGCGUUUCUGGCGCUCAAUCCUGAUAAGGCGGCUCGGUUCUGGGAUAAAUAUGGGAAGUGGAAGGACGUUGUCCCCAUUCCUGAGAAGGGCAUGCUUGAGUCACUAGAGGGUCAAAUGGGUCUACCUCUUGCGUUUGUGAAGUUCAUGCGCAAGACUUUGACCUGGAUGCCGAAUGAGAGAGCGACUGCUAAAGAUCUUCUUGAGGACCCUUGGUUGAAAGACUAA